AUGUCUGCCUCAGUUUCUGUGAAGUGUGCUCUGAGAUUUCAGUGUUUUUUGGAUACUUCUGAUUAUUUAUUAUCCAUUUCAUCUCUGUCUGUAAAGAGUUUCCAAAAUUUAUUCGAAAAAUGUCCCGCGAAAAAAAAUCGCAUCAAUGUGUAUGUGCCACCAAUAAGUAGUUUUCCCGAAUCCAGUUUGCCGGGCGGCUAUGAACUCCAGGAUCGCGUCGAGUUGCCCAAGGCUACGGACGUCCUUGAGAAUGUCCUUGAAGAGCGAGAGCCGCACUUUCUCAACGUAAUCGAUGGCCGGGGACGUCUUUUGGAGCAAAUGCGUUAUUUUGGCGACGAUUACCGUUUGGCUUUGAGAGAGGCCUUCACCCAAGAGGGCCACAUCCAUCCGGAUAAUGGUGCAGAAUUUGCAUCUCCAAAUCUCGAGCCCCUGACUGAAAACCCUUACCCGUGACCACAAUAAAACAUUCGGAAUGAGUGGCAUACCGGCAAAUAAAUAAACUGUCUCAAUUGA